AUGGAACCUUUUGAGGAAACACAAAGAUUAGAAGUUUAUAGAAGAAGACUUGGAAUGAAGCAUGCUCUUACUAAUGUCAAUGGGAAGAUUUGGGCAUUUAUUGAUGAAGAGAUGGAACUUGAAAUAAGUAGAGACGAGGAGCAAAUGUUAACUAUUAAGUUAACAAAUCAAAACGGAAAUAUUGAGGUCAUGGUGUCACUAGUUUAUGCUAAAUGCACGCAGGGUGAAAGACUUUUACUAUGGGACUCUAUAUCUGACUUGGCAAAUAUCAUAAGUAUUCCAUGGAUGAUAGGUGGGGACUUUAAUGUGAUUUGUAAUGAGGAAGAGAAAUUGGGGGGAAGGCCAGUUACAGAGGCAGAAGUUAGAGACUUCAAUAAUUGCAUAAAUGUGUGUAAUCUGGAAGAUUGCAACUUUAAGGGAAGUAAGUACACAUGGUGGAAUGGGAGAACUGAGGAGGAGUGUAUAUUCAAAAGGCUAGACAAAGUUCUUACAAAUGAUAAACUACAGGAGGUAUUUCCUAUAAUUGAAGUGGAGCAUCUGAUCAGAAGUGGCUCAGAUCACACUCCGGUGGAAAUAAAUCUCAAAUUCAGCAAAGAGGAGGUGAUUAAGACUUUUAGAUUUCUCAACUUUUGGCUAAAAGAAGAAUCAUUCAUGGAGACAAUUAAGGAGCACUGGAAAGCAGAGUUUGAAGGGGAUCCGUUUGCCUUAUUUCACCACAAACUCAAGAAGACUAAGAAAGCUUUAUCUCAAUGGAGCAAGGAUACAUUUGGAAAUAUUUUUCAGGAAAUAGCUACUAUAGAGGAGAUCAUUAAAGUGCAAGAGGCUCAGUUUGAAGCUAACCCCAAUGGAAGCAAUAGGGAAACUCUUCACCAAACUCAAGCAAAAUUAAAAAAAUAUCUCCAAAGGGAAGAAGAAUUUUGGAAACAAAAAGCGGGCAUGGAAUGGUUUAAAGAAGGAGAAAGAAAUACAAAGUUUUUUCAUACAAUUGUGAGAGGGAGAAGAAGUAGACUCAGAAUUAAUAGAAUUCAGGAUGAGGAUGGGGACUGGUUGGAGCAGUAA